AUGAACGGCGGGUAUUCAGGCACAUAAUACGCCAUUUUUACUCCGGAGUAUCAAUAGUUGUGUGUAUCUUACGCAUUUUGCUUAGAAAAAUACAUCCCAGGUGAGGUCAGAUGCAGUGGAUAGGGGAAGCGCAUUGUGACAGGUAAACGGAAAUUUCAAAACAAUUUAUCAAGAAGAAAUGGAUUUGAACAAAACAGUCUUAUGCGAAAGCCUUAUAAUCUGGUUGCAGACCUUCAACACUCCUACACCAUGUAAGACUGCACAGGACCUGACUAAUGGAGUGGCCAUGUCACAGGCUCUCCAUCAAAUAGACCCCGCAUGGUUCAGUGAGAGCUGGCUGAGUCGCAUUAAAGAUGUGGGCGACAACUGGAGGCUAAAGAUGAACAACCUCAAAAAGGUGCUUCAGAUGAUAGUGGAUUACUACAAUGAGGUUCUAGCACAGCAGAUUUCUGAUUUCCCGCUCCCGGAUCUGGUCCAAGUUGCUGAACACUCUGACCCUGUGGAGCUGGGACGUCUCCUGCAGCUGAUUUUGGGUUGUGCUGUCAAAUGUGAAAGGAAACAAGAGUACAUUCAGAUCAUAAUGACCCUGGAGGAGUCAGUACAGCACGUUGUGAUGACUGCCAUUCAAGAGUUGAUGAGCAAGGAAACAAUGGCACAUUUUGGAGCAGAGCCCCUUGGGGACGUUGAGCUACAGCUGAAGAAGGCAAUGGAGGAUAUAGCUGAGCUAAUGGCACAGAAGGAAGAGCUAGCCCAGAGGUGCCAGGAGCUGGACAUUCAGGUGACCGUGCUCCAGGAGGAGAGGAACAGCCUGCUGGCAGAGAAUGAUGUGUUGACUGACCGGGCUAACCAGCUGGACUCCUUUGACGACCCGACCACGCCCUCAGGGAAGAAGCAUAGCCAACUGCAGCUCCAGCUCGAGCAGCUGCAGGAGGAGAAUUUCAGGCUGGAGGCUGCUAAAGAUGACUACCGCAUCCACUGUGAGGAGCUGGAGAAGCAGCUGAUCGAAGUGCAGCACCGCAAUGAUGAGCUAACCAGCCUGGCUGAGGAGUCCCGCUCGCUUAAGGACGAGCUGGACAUCCUGAGGAGCUGUUCGGACCGGGCGGUCAAGCUGGAGGCCUCUGUGGAGACCUACCGGAAGAAACUGGAGGACCUGAGCGACCUACGGCGACAGGUCAAGAUUCUGGAGGAGAAGAACAUGACCUACAUGCAAAACACCGUGAGCCUGGAGGAGGAGCUGCGCAAGGCCAACGCAGCCCGCACACAGCUGGAGACCUACAAGAGACAGGUCCAGGAGCUGCACAGGAAGCUGUCAGAAGAGUCCAGGAGGGCGGAUAAUUUGGCCUUUGAAAUGAAGAAGUUUGAGGAGAAGCAUGAGACCGUGCUGAAAGAAAAAGAGAGGAUAAUCAUUGAGCGGGACUCCCUGAAAGAGACCAAUGAAGAGCUGCGGUGUACACAGGCUCAGCAGGACCAGCUCAUGCAAGCAGGGAUUUUUCCUGCUGGAAGUCCAAGCCAUGAUAACCUUGCUGCUGAAAUCUUACCUAUAGAGUACAGGGAGAAGUUCAUUCGCCUGCAGCACGAGAACAAGAUGCUGCGUCUGCAGCAGGAGGGCUCUGAGAAUGAGCGCAUCGUGGAGCUGCAGGUCCAGCUGGAGGAGGCCCACCGCCUCAAGAGCGAGCUGGACACUGAGAACAGGUUGAACCGGGAGAGGAUCAGUGAACUGCAGCUCCAGGUGGAGGACCUGCAGAAAGCCCUGCAGGGUCAGGGAGCCAAGCCUGAGGAUUCUCAUCUGAAGAAGAGGCUUGAUGCUCACAUGGUGCAGCUGAACGAAGCCCAGGAUGAGAUCAUGAAGAAGAAGGAGCUUAUCGAAGACCUACAGCCAGACACUGCACAGACCACACUGAAGAUAGAUGAGCUGCUGGCUGCGCUGAAGAAGAAGGAUGAAGACAUGAGAGCGAUGGAGGAUCGCUACAAGAUGUACUUGGAAAAAGCCCGCAAUGUGAUAAGGGCCCUCGAUCCAAAACUGAACCCAGCUACUGUUGAGAUACAGUCGCUGAAGAACCAGCUCGCGGAGAAGGACAAGAGAAUCUUCAGUCUGGAGCGUGAAUGUGAGCAGGCGAAACUCCGAGAAUACGAAGAGAAGCUGAUUGUCACUGCAUGGUACAAUAAGAGCCUGAGUUUCCAGAAGCUCGCCAUCGAGUCCCGGCUGGCCGGCCGAAACGCAACCUCCUUGGUGCCGCCCGGCCAGUCCUUCCUGGCCCAGCAGCGGCAGGUGACCAACGCUCGCCGCACGGUCUCCGUCAACGUGCCGGCCUCCUCCUCCAAGUAACAGCACUUCCUCACGCUCCCACCCCUGCUCCCUGAGUGCGCACUCAAGUGACCUUAAGCACAGUGCUGUCGGCUCCGCAAAGCGACUUCUUAGAGACAUGCAUGUGAUGAGAUGUGAACACGAGCACUUAGGGCCUCAUUUCAGCUUUCCCCAGCCAACUCUCGCUGUCAUAAAGCUGGACUCUUCCGCCAGUUAGCGGCAGGUUUGACUGGCAUGUCUAGCAAAUGGGUAAAGUUUGGAAUUGAUUGAGCCUUUAUUUAUAUUAUCAUAUCAUAUGUCAUAUUCAUAUCGAGUCAGGGAAAUAACUUUUUUAUGUGUAUAUAUGUGUAGUGGCAGCAAGAUACAAAAUCAGUUAAAAAGCAACAGAUGUUGUAUUUAUAUUUAUACCUCCAGUCAGCUUCUGUAUUUCAGCUGUGGGGUUUUAAGAAAAUGGAUCAUUUCAGUGAAAAAUUCAGGACUCAACUGGACUCUUAAUUACUUCCAGAACUAAUCAUUGUAUGAUGUUUAGAUUAAGCUAUGCAGUUUGGAGAUGUGACAAACAUUAAUUGAAGAAUGACCUUCCUCACCUUCAAAUCUCUUCACAGAGAAAUCCCAAAAUUAGAUGUGUACGAAUAACUUUAACGAAAGGCAAAUUGGUGCUGGACAUCAAAUUUCUCUUUUAUAGUGCAUAUAGUGUUGUUCUCACUUAUGUAGUACAGAAGGGGUUUCCUAAAAGAAAAACAUAUAUGUAUUGCAAGCAUUAACAUGUUUCUCAUGGGGAGUGGGACUGAAAAUCUGUAAUGAGGUGCUGUAACGAAGUUUCCAUUUGUUUGAAGCAAUUCGAUUUUAUGGUUUUUUUUGUAUGGUACAAAAUGUGACACAACUACUGCAUGAUCUGUGGAAAUACUGUAAGAAGGCCUUUUUUCUCUGGAUGUUUUGUGUCUUAGUGUUUAGCAAGGAUUCUAGUAGAAGGACAGGUCAAAGUAAUCAAGGGUGCACAUGCCAGCAUAUGCUUAUGUAGAGUAUAUCAAACUUAAUUAUUCUGAAGGGGUAAAGACUAAGAAUUUAAUAAUAUUUGAAAUUUGCAUAUGGUUUUAGUAGUACUAAUAGGCUUAUAUUCUGUACCCGUAAUACUUUGAGAAUGUGACUCUUCCUUCUUCAUAGAGUUCUUGGUUUGUAGUUGGUAGGAAGCACGUUGGUUGAACAGACCCGUCCUAAGAUGGGGUGUGAGAACUGAGAAACACUGGUCUGCCUCGUGCUAUUUUUCUGUAUUUCAACUCAAAUUUCUCAUGUUAAAGCAAGCCACAAUCUCAGAUAUACAACCUUUCUUUUUCUCCCCUCCUGUAUUUUAUAAUAGCGUGUAUCAAAUUCUUGGC